AUGGCGUCGCGAUCCGCGUUGGCCAGCGUGCCCACGGCCGUGGCGGCGUGCGCGUCGUCGUGCGGCGCCACUCUCGCCGCUGCGGCUGCGCCGCUCCUCGUUCCAUCCGAUCCCUUCGCCGCGCUUGAUCAGCGUGAAUUGUGGCGAGUAGAUCCUGCGCGCGGCUCGUUGGCGACCGCUGCUUCCCCACCGGAUCAGACGGCGACUGAUCUAUCGCGAUCGGUCCUGUCAGAACAUCCACCUUCCCACCCGUCCGCCGCUCCCGCCGCUCGUGUCUCGUCCGCCUUCGUUUCUCCCCCGCUCGUAGCCCACAUCCAAUCGCGCGUCGUCGUCCCUCCAGCAUCCACAGCCUUCCAUCCGGGAUCGGCAGGAUCUCGUCAUCCCCUAGCCGUCCGUCCAGGUUGCGGUGGUUACCACCGCAUCCUCACCAAUGACGUGGCUCGCUCGUUCCUUCGCCAGAUCUCGCUGACGUCAUCAUGGCCAUCUCAGCGCAGUUUUAGCGGGUGCAGAGCAGCGGGAUCAACGGCUAGCAUUUUCCCCCGAUCAACGGCUGGAAUAGAUCCCGGAUCUUCGGCCAGUAGCAGCGAUCGGAAGGAUGCGGGAGAGGAGGGCGGGGCGGCAGUAUCUGGGUUAGGUGGGUCGUCUUACCGCGACGUGCUGAGUGUAGCUGCUGACGAUCUUGCGCAGUCGCACGAAAGCGAUGAUGUCUAUAGCGAGGCACGUGAGGAUGUCGCGUCGGAUGAUAGCGGCGUUGAUGCUAGCGCGCAGGAGUCAUCGGAUGUGGCGCGGAGCAGCGACGGCGGGGCAAGCGCGGGUGGCGCAACCGAGGCAGGGGGCGCUCCUGCGCCGGCUGCUGGUGCUCACGAGUUUGAGGCGCAGCUACGGAAGGAGCGCGAGGAGGCGCUGCCGCUAAUGACGUGGCAGCUGUACCUGCACGCGCUGAUGCAUGUGGGGCCGCCCGUGCAGGCGGUGCAGCGAGUGGUGCGAGCGAUGAGGGAGAUGCGCGCGCAGGGCGCGCAGGGCGUGCGGGCGUCGAAGGACACGUUCCACGUGCUUCUGCGCACCGCCCUUGCCCGCCGCGAUGCCAGCGCCGUGCUGCUCUUCCUCACCCACAUGGGCGAUGCGAGGGUGGUACCAGAGGCGGGCAGCUACAGCGAGGCGGUAGCGCUGUGUGCCAAGGAGCGCCGCAUGCAGGCGGCGCUGCAGGUGGUGGCGGACAUGCGCCGGGCGCGCAUGGUGCCGUCCCCCCGGGCCGUGUCGGAGCUGCUCGCCACGUGCCUGCACACACGGCGCUCACGGGACGCCAUCACGGUGCUCGAGGUGGUCAAGGUGUGCACGGGGACGGGGGAAGGGGGUGUGCCGCUGCAGGGGAGUGGGGGUGUGCCGCUGCAGGGGAGUGGGGGUGUGCCGCUGCAGGGGAGUGUGGGUGUGCCGCUGCAGGGGAGUGGGGGUGUGCCGCUGCAGGGGAGUGUGGGUGUGCCGCUGCAGGGGAGUGUGGGUGUGCCGCUGCAGGGGAGUGUGGGUGUGCCGCUGCAGGGGAGUGUGGGUGUGCCGCUGCAGGGGAGUGUGGGUGUGCCGCUGCAGGGGAGUGUGGGUGCGCCUGUGCGCUGCCGUCGCCACAUGCCUGCAGACGCGGCGCUCCUGUGA